AUGUCUCCAGUCUUACCUGCUUUCUUCUAUCUUGGGCUGUGUGUACUGCAAGCGAGGCAAGCACAGAGUGGCCCAUUCCCUAAGCCAUCACUCUGGGCUGAGCCCAGUUCCCUGGUGGCCCUGGAGCAGUCAGUCACUCUGAGGUGCCAGGGGCCUCCGGUUGUGGAUUUAUAUCGCCUGGAGAAACUGAAAUCUGAGAAAUAUGAAGAUCAAAACUUUCUCUUCAUUAAGAACAUGCAAGCAAGUCAUGCUGGACGCUACCGCUGCUCAUAUCAGAAUGGGAGUCAGUGGUCUCUCCCAAGCGACCACCUUGAGCUAAUAGCUACAGGUAUUUAUGGUAAGCCUUCACUCUCAGCUCAUCCGACCUCAGCAGUUCCUCCAGGCAGGAACGUGACUCUGCAGUGCUGGACAAAACAUGGUUUUGAUCAAUUUGCUCUACACAAAGAGGGGGAUACUGGGCUUUAUAAGAAACAUGAGAGACGGUACCGGGCUAAUUUCACCAUCAUCAAGGUGACUGCUGCUCACAGUGGGACUUACCGGUGUUACAGCUUUUCCAGUUCAUCUCCAUACCUGUGGUCAGCCCCCAGUGACCCCCUGGUGCUCAUGGUUACAGGACCCUCUGCCACUCCCAGCCAGGUACCCACAGAGGUACCAUCUCCCAUAACAGAAUCCCCCAGGAGGCCUUCUAUCUCACCCUCAACCAAGGUAUCUACAACUGAAAAGUCUAUGAAUAUCACUGUCUCUCCAGAGGGGUGUAGUCCUCCAUUUGGGUUUUCCCACCAGCACUAUGCCAAGGGGAAUCUGGUCCGGAUAUGCCUUGGUGCCGUGAUUAUAAUAUUCCUGGUGGGGCUUCUGGUAGAGGAUUGGCACAGUCGGAAGAAACGUCCACCACCCAGAAUCAGAGCUGUGCAAAGACCACUCCCACCCCUCCCACUGGCCUAG